GUGAGCAGAGCUGCAUCUACAUUUAUUACUACUGAAUAUUUUUUUUAGUUUGACAAACACCUAAUUCAACUAAUCAGGAAUCUAGAUUACAGUUUUUCACAAAGUACUUCUCCUGCAGCGCACAAAUGUCUUCUCAGCGGUUUCUGAUUCUCUUCGCCACCUUGUUGAUCUCAAUAGUAUGUCAAUAUGCAGCCCACUGUGCUGAAGUCAGUACCACCCAAACUGAAACAAAAUCCAGCCUUUCUGGAGACAACAGUGAAAGGGAGAAAUCACUGGGAACCACUAUCAAUCCUGACCAUGAAGAGGUUGAAGAAGAGGAGGCAGAUGAAGAAUUCUCAAUACUAGGAUAUAUUACAGAUGAUUCUAUCCGUGUUCAAGCUGUGAUUAAACCAGAGCAAACAGAAGCCAACGAAGAAAAGAAAAACACAGAAAAGAAAAACACAGAAAAGAAAAAUACAGAAAAGAAAAAGAAGAGAAAGGAUAAAAAAAAGGGGAAGAAAGUGAACCCUUGUAACACAACACAUAAAGAUUACUGUAUUCAUGGCACGUGUAAAUAUAUCGAGAGGAUGAAGGAAGUGGCAUGCAGAUGCCAGCAGAACUAUUUUGGUGAACGCUGUAGCGAACAGUCGUUGAAAACACAAACACCUGGAGAACUCAGUGACGUGUCAACAGUAGCUCUGGCAGUGGUAGCUGUCCUAUUGUCAACCAUCAGUAUCAUCGCUAUAAUCAUUAUCAUUGUUGUACACACACGAAGGAAAUAUUCUUAUGAAUGUGAAUCAGAAGAAAAAAAGAAGUUAGGACAAGAAAAUGCAUGUGAUGAAAAUUACGUUUGAAAGAAAUGAAUGCUCUCCAGACAAGCCACUGCCGCACUUCAAAUGAAAAGAAAAACACAAACUUAUAUAUAUAUAUAUAUUUUAUAAAAUGGAAUAUAUUUAUUUUUAUUUAUGUAAUUAUUUAUUGUAUUGUCUAAAUAAUAUAAAUGUGUUGUUAUUACAUUAAAGUGUUUUUAUACAAAA